CAAAGCCUCUAUCAUCUAUAAACUUCUCCAAACAUUACAUACUUUCCUCUUGGCAAUUUCAAACCUGUCACAUCUAGAAGAGAAACAAUAAUCUGAUCUAGAAUAUAGCUUUCAAAGAAAUAAAGUUCCUUCCAUACACCAGCCUAGAAAAAGACCACACAAAACAGUUCUGGCCAACCUAAGUUCUUCUCAUGGGCUCUCUCUUCUCCCUCACAUUGAUAAUACUUUCAUGGGCAUCAUUACUCUCAUUGAAAGCUGAAGCUGAAGGGAUCAGAUCAGCUCGCCUUCUCGAUCUUCUCAUUAGGGACUACACAGUAAAGUCCUUUGACAGGCAUUGGAGAACAGGUGUUGUACACACUGUACGUUUACCUGCAAACUUCUCUGGCAUCAAAGUCGAUAUAGCAAGGUUUAGAUGUGGAAGUCUCCACAGAUAUGGUGCACUAGUUAAGGAAUUUCGUCUGGGAAGUGGUGUGACUGUGCAGCCUUGUGCAGAGAGAGUCAUGGUAGUUAGACAAAACUUGGGUUAUAAUUGGUCAUCCAUAUAUUAUGCAAACUACGAUCUAUCAGGUUACCAGCUUGUGUCACCUGUAUUAGGCCUCCUCGCUUAUAAUGUUGGUAGUGAUAUGAGUCCUGGUAGCCCUUUUCAGGUAGGAAUUUUUGCCAGGGAAAAUCCAAUUAAUAUAGAUUUCAGCAACAUUACAAAGGCAUCCAACAUGACAGGAAUCAGGCCAUUGUGUGCUAGUUUCGAAGGAGAUGGCAAAGUAACAUUCAAAAACCAAGUAUUACCCAACGUUUGUGUUGCAACCAGGCAUGGCCAUUUCGGUUUGGUCAUUGAGUCACCGCCAUUGAUGCCUGUGAGGAAGAAGAUUAGCAGAUGGAAAGUGGCGGUUGGAAGCUCAAUUGGAGCUGCGUUGGGUGCUUUCCUCUUGGCGUUGCUUUUGGUGGCAAUGUUUGUGAGGGUGAAGAAGAAAGCAAGAAUGGAGGAGUUGGAGAGGAGAGCAUAUGAAGAGGAAGCUCUUCAGGUUUCCAUGGUUGGACAUAUCAGGGCUCCAAUUGCAUCUGUUACUCGAACAACGCCAACAAUGGAACAUGAGACAACUCUGUUUUUCAAGGAUAUCUCUGUGCUUCAGAAUUUCAUUCUUUCUGAGCUCAAAUUGGAACAAACCGCAGAAUAUCAGAUUGUUAAUUGUUUAUUUGAAAUUUCGGGGGUGAAAAGAGUUGGUGGCCACCUCUACUUAUGUCGUGUAUGGGCCAUAGCAAUCCGUUGGCUUCCAUAUUAUAACACAGAACUGAAAUCUGAAUUAAGAAAUGCUAUCGUGCAAAACAAAAUAGGCAAUUAUUUCUCUCAGGAAAUUAAUCUCUGA